UUCUCAACUCUGUAACUACUAACCAUUGGAUUAGCGGUGCUCCAAGCCAAGCGCAUCAAUCCAAUGGUGACCCGACUACGAGUCCGAGAAUCUCAAGCACACCCCAUUCCGCUCUCCCGUAGUCCGAAAUUCACGAGCUUCGUAACCACGGUUGCUGAACUGUUGGAAUCCGAAUUGCCGAAUUCCUAGAUUCUUCGUCCAAUGGCUGCCGUCGCGCUGCUGGUUUCGCCAGCAGUCGUUCGCCUAGGCGGAAGCUCCAGCGACGUGCCGUUCCCUCAGGCUCAGAAGCCGCGCACUUACGUCUUCAUUGUCAACCCUGAAGGCGGUAGCGGCAAGACGCUCAAGAGAUGGAAGGCGAUGAAGCCACUGCUGCAGAGGUCUCUGGGUGAAGAAGUCACUGUGCGUGAAGCACUCACAGAGUACCCCUUCCACGCUGCUGAGCUGGCGAGAGAGGCAGUGGAGCAGGGGGCGGAUGCAGUGGUGGCUGUGGGGGGGGAUGGCACAUUGCACGAGGUCGUCAACGGUUUUUUCUCCAACGGGCAGCCCGUGAUUCCUCGGGCAGCUCUUGUGCGGCAGGAGGGGGCGGAGCAGCAGCGGGGUAGUGAGGGAGAAGAGCAGCAGUCAGAGGCGGGCAGAGAGUGUUCAGACGAUGAUAAACCACGUGGCACGGAACGAAACGGCUGUGAAGGGACUCAUGCUGUUUCCAGAAGACCAGCGCUUGGGGUGAUUCCUCUCGGAACCGGCUCUGAUUUCGCCCGAACGUUUGGCUGGAGGAGCGAUGAUGCGAACGCAGCAGUGGCUCGGAUAGCACGAGGCCACCGCCAGGCCAUAGACGUGGGGCGUGUUCAGCUGCGUGACUGUGGUGUCGACCAGUGCUUUGUCAACGUGGCAGACGUGCACCUAAGCGCGCGGGUGGGCAGGGCGGCCGUCCCCUUGAAGUCGUCCUUUGGUUCUCUCUGCUACGCCAUUGCAACUCUCAAAGCAUUUCCCAAGCACCGCAACUUGGACCUGAGCAUCAGAAUAGACAAUGGCCCCUGGCAGACCCUUCCAGCAGCCACCAUGCUGGCCAUCGGCAACGCCAACUUCUUUGGAGGCGGCAUGCGGAUCUGCCCGCAGGCUAGUCCGAGCUCGGGCUCCUUUAACGUGGUAACCCUAUCUGGCUUUCGCCUGCUGGACUUUGUGCAGCGAGGAUGGCGCCUUUUUGCCGGAUCCCACAUCGGCGUGAAGGGCGUGGAGAGCUACAGUGCCAAGCUAAUUGAAAUAAAGGUGGCAGCAGCAGAGGGUGACAGUAAGGAGGUCAGCCAGGAGGUGUAUGUGCAGGGUGAUGGGGAGGCGUUGGGCCAUCUCCCUGCAGUCUUCCAAAUACUUCCAGGCGCAAUCGACAUUCUUGUCUGACGACGACGACGCCCCUGGUGCCGGAAAGAGGUGUCUAUGCAAGGUGAUGGGGAGGCAUUGGGCCAUCUACCUACCUGCAGUGUUCAGAAUACUGCCUGGUGCAAUCGACAUCCAAGAGCGCUGGGAUUAAAUCCGGAGGUGUGGUACUUGCAAUGCUCGGAAUACGGCGUUUCCAAACUACAGUACUGGCAUCAGAUUCUGUUGAUAAUUCAGUUUCC